AUGGUUAACGUCUCCCCUGUGGACAUUGUGCAUGUCAUCUCUGCCAUGGAGGUCUCGCGCCCGGAGAUUCUCCGGGCGACGAAGGCUUUCCGUGCUCUGCAGGGCUGCGGGCAGGUCCUCCGUGAGCAAGGGAUGCCAAGCACGAAAUGCUAUUAUGACUUGAGCUACGAGGUGCCGGAGAUUGACGAAUUCUGGUCUCACAGUUGGCAUGGUGAAGCUCGUCGAAAGAUUCUCCUGCUCCUUCUGCUCAAGAACGGGCCAGCGGCUAUUUUGAUGGGCACUUUGGGUGCGCUUGCGAUGAUGAUCCUGCAGGUGACGGGCGUCGUUCCCGGGCUUUACAGGAAGCCUCCACUUCUGGGUGAUGGCUCCUCCUAUGAGUUUGCGCCCUACUCUCUCUUGGUGGGGAUCGGGCUGUGCACUCUGACUAUACUCCUCUGGCGACCGCAACAAGCUGUUUUCUUGGACCAGAUCUGCAUACAUCAACAUGACGGAACUCUGAAGAUGGAGGGGAUCCUGAACAUCGGAGCGAUUAUGAAGAAGUCUCGCUCCCUCUUGGUGCUUUGGGACCAGACCUAUGUGGAAAGGCUCUGGUGCAUAUUUGAGAUGGCGGCCUUUCUGAAAGGCCACGAGAGCGAGGAGGUCGACAUUGUCGUGCGACCUACAUUUCUGGCACCGUGGACAUGCUACAUCUUCGCUAGCUGGUGCGUCUUCGGGUCCUUCGACCUCCUCGUCCCCUACGUGAGCAUGAUCCCAGUGAUGAUCAAGUUCAUCCUCAUCGUUCCUGCGAGCUGCUUUCUUACUGGGAUGUUUUGCCGCUACUACCGAGCCAUCCAGCGCAUGCAGGGCUACGCGGAGCGCGCGGAGCAGUGGAGCCGUGGGGAACUCCCCGACUGGGAUGUGGCGGUGAGUGGCCCCGCAUCGAAGGCCGAAGCUGAGGAGCUGAAGCCCUUCUUCGACUGGCUCGGCUCUUUCCUGUCCUCUCGGAACAUCAGCUCAGUAGUGGAUGUGUCCUCCGGACACUGGCCCUCCGGCUGGCAGCGGGGCGUGAGAUGGUCCGGCCAGGACUACACCGGCGUGGACAUCACGCCGAAGAUGAUCGAAGAUAACAGAGCAUUUUUCAAGGACAAAGACCCCCAGCAGUACGGAUUGCGUUCUGCGGCUUUCGAAGUCGGGGACAUGCUGAAAGAACUGCCGAAGGCGGACCUCCUCAUCACCAAGGACACGAUCAUCCACAUUCCUAACUGGGCUAUCCUCAAGUUUCUGGAGACCAACGUCAACGUUUGCCCCCCGCGGUACAAGGAAAUCUUGUUCAUCCAUGAUCGUCCGCCGCACUGGAAAUUCCGCUGGGGAGGAGUGCCACUUGUGCGCCACAUCGUCAGGAACUGGGAUUGUCCAGGGUUCUCAGAUUUCCACGAGAUCGACCUACGGGUGGCGCCGUACCACCUCGAUGUAGUCAAUCUGUUCGAGUUCAACUCAUCCACCCGCGCGGUACAGGUGGCUGAUUCUGGCUGCGGCCACUUCGACCUGGCCGCAGGACGGCUCAGGUCUGGCGACUACUACUGGGCUUCGAUCGUGGGCAUCAUCGGAUUGUCUUGGUGGUUGGCUGCGGGUCCUACCUUGUUCAUUUUGCCAGCGAUGGUCACCGGCGGAUUGCUUCGGACUGGGAACUUGCUGUCAUGGCGCGAUAUCGGCAUCACAGUGUGCGGGUCUUCCCUGCUAGUGAUGGUAUCCGUGGUAGUUGUGGCCUACCAAUAUGUUUGCGUUCAGCUUUUUCCAAGCCCGCUGGCCGGUGCCCUGUGCUUCGGGGUGACGAUGCUGAUUUUUUCGCUCUGUGUUUGGUAUCCACGCUCGGUGCAGCCUCCGGGCUCAGAUGAGGAGACCACUGACAGCGAGGACUCCACCUUUGAGACAUAA